AUGUGCGAGCGCUACCCAAACCUCCACUUCAUCAUCGGGGGCGACGGCCCGAAGAGACUCCUCCUCGAGGAGAUGCGGGAGAAGAGCCAGCUGCACGACCGGGUCGAGAUCCUCGGAGCCGUGCCCCACGCAAGGGUCCGGAGCGUGCUCGUCCGGGGGCACAUCUUCCUGAACUGCAGCCUCACGGAGUCGUUCUGUAUCGCCAUCCUAGAGGCCGCAAGGUCUACUCGGGAGCAGAUCAUGAGGAUGGUGAAGAAGCUUGGAGGAUGGAAGCAGAAACUGUGGAAGGGAGACAAGUUGGAGCUGCUGCUGUUUGGGAUUCCAAGGGACAUGACGAGGAUAGAGUUCAAGAACUGUUGUGACAGGGAGGGACUGCACUGCCUAGCAAGGGGACAAGUAGGCAGAGAACAUGAACACUUCCGGGUGAAAUUGACCAAGGGAGACAGCCAAGAGUGCUUGGGGGUUGAUAUCGAGAAGCUGUCGAACUACGUAAGGAAGUUUGGAUGGAGGGUUUGCAUCGCGAACAUGAUAGAAACAGAGAAGGUAAGGAGACAAGAGGCGAGGGCGGCGGAGGCGAAGAAAGGACCGAGCAGGGCAGUCGAACAAGCAAGUCAGAAGAAGUCCGAGAAGAAGCGGAAGGCGAACGAUAGAGUGCGCAAAAUCUCCAAUAGGGAAAAGCGCAAGCUGAGAGUCGGGUCGUGGAACGUGUGCGGGUUCGCAAGGAGUGAGCGCAAGCGGUUGGAAAUAGUGGACCAAGUAGAACAAAGCGAUCUAGAUGUAGUGGGGAUCCAAGAGACGUGGGAAUUGAAGGAUGGGGACGUGGUAAGCAAACUAGGGAAAUACCGGUGGGUAGGGAAGGCAAGAAAGGGCUUAGACCCGAAGAAAAGGGGGGAGGGGGGAGUCGGAUUCCUGGUCAAGGAACACUUGUUUGACGUGGUGGAAGUAGUGGUGAAAACGGAAUUCGAGGAAAGCCUAUGGCUAAAGAUACCUGGGGAGCGGGGUGAGAAAGACUUGUUUCUAGGGAACGUAUACGUCCCACCGUCGUCGAAGAAAGUCGCAAGCAAGGCGCAGGAGAACUUUGGACAAAUUGGGGAAGAUGUCCAGAGGUUCAGUAGGAAGGGAGAAGUUGUCAUGGUGGGCGAUUUCAACUCCAGAGUAGGGAAAGCUUCCAGUAGAGGACAGGCGAUCGGGCAGCACGGAGAAGACAAAGUGAAUGACAACGGAGUGAGGAUGCUUGAAUUCUUGGGAAGCAACGAACUGAUGGUGUUGAACGGUAGGAGGGAAUGCGAUAAGCCGGAGUUCACAAGGCAACGGGCAGUUUGCAAUGAAUACUCAAUCCUCGACUACAUCCUGGUAGAUAGGGGGAGCACGCAGAUCCCAGAGCUGCACGUAAGUGCGAUAGAUAUAGGUUCGACCGACCACUUCCUCAUAUGGGCAAACAUCGACCGAUCUAGAAAGAUCAAGAGUAAGAAACAGAGGAAAGUGUUCCGGUGGAAGGUAGAGCGUUUGGGAGACGAUGGGACACGGGAUGAAUUCCAGAAGGGGCUGGCUGGUAGUGUAGAAUCCUUCAGGAAACUGCUGAGAAGCGUCGAAGACGGACAGGUAGACGUACAGACAGCAGGGGACAGGGUGAUUGAAGGGUGGGAGUCCAUCGUGAACGCAACGGCAGAGAGAGUAGUGGGAAGGAAGGUGGUACGAUGUGGGGUAUCGGUUAAGUGGUGGGAUGACGAGCUGAAAGAAGAAAUAGGGGAACGUAGAGAAGUCUUCAAGCAGUACCUGAGUGAGGCGUCUGAGGAGAGUUGGGAAAAGUACAGGGCCAAGAGAAAACAGGUGAAGGGACUAGUGAAAAAGAAGAAAAAGUGUAUUUGGGACGAAGUAGUGCAGAAGGCCAACGGAGGCCUGGAGGGAAACGUCAAGCAGAUGUGGGAAGGGAUUAGUGGAAUGGUAAAAAAGACCGCGCAAGGGGGGGAUACAGGGGUCGCAACUUUGCGAGGUGUGAACGGUGGAUUAGUCAGCAGUGGGAAGGGAAAAAGGGAAGUUCUAGCAGGACACUACAAGAGACUUGGAGUGCCCUCGGAGAAUGAAGCUUUUGACCAAGUGUUUAAGAAGGAGGUGGACGCAUGGGCCCAAAAAGAAGAAGAGACAUCGAAGGCAGACGUUGGGAACGUAGAACUAGAAAAGGAGUUCACUGAGGACGAGGUUGAGGCGUGUGUGAACAAGCUGAAGUGCCACAAAGCAGCAGGAGCGGAUGGGAUAGUCAACGAGUUCAUGAAGUUUGGGGGGAAGGGGAUGAUCCAGCUGAUGGUGUUCAUCAACGAUCUGUUGGAAGUCGUAGAGGCAGUCCGAAAGAAAGUAAAAGUAGGGGACACGGAAACGUCGGUUUCAGGAAUGCUGUUUGCGGAUGAUUUUGUCGGUAUGUCGGACACCCCUGAGGGACUGCAACUGCAAAUUGACGCGGCGAAGAAGUUUACUGAUAAGUGGAGAUUGUCUGCCAACGUUCAGAAGAGUGCCGUCAUGGUAUGCAACGAGAACAAGGAGGAACCAGUAGAACAUAGAUGGAAGUGGGGGAUCGAGGAGAUUGCAGUAGUGGACCAGUACACAUACCUUGGAGUAGAGAUCGCAAAAGACUGCUCGUGGAAUGCACACAUGUCCAAGGUAGCGGAAAAGGGCAAAGCACGAGCAGGGAAGCUGCACCCAAUACUCGCAAACCGGCACCUCGAUACACGCAUCAAAUUGACGGUUUUGAAGAGCGUAAUCGUACCGCCGCUAGAGUACGCCGGAGAAGUAUGGGAAGGAAAUAAGAAGGUAGUGAAAGAACUCGAGGCGGCGCAGAUGAAAGCAGCGAAAAUCAUCCUAGGAUGCUCCAAGCGCACAAGUAAUGCAGCCGUGGGGGCAGAAUUGGGGAUCAAAUCCCUAUGCUGCGGUCUCUUUGUCGUGAGCACGGCCGUCGGUGGUGUCCCGGAAGUCCUCCCCGGGCCGAUGAUCAAGUUCGCGGAGCCGACGGUGGAGGACCUGACGGACGCUCUGUCGGACGCGAUCCCCCUCGCCAGAAAAGCGGUGCCUAGCGAGUUCCACGCAAAGGGGUACGACGACAUUCGCGGUGCUGAAACUGUGAUCAUGGUGAGGGACAUGUACAGCUGGGCGGACGUCGCGGAGCGGACGGAGAGGGCGUACGAGAGAGCGCUCAAGGCCCCGCCGCCUAGUCUCGUCCGGCGGUUUCAGGCGGUGUGCUGCUUCCUGGCGGCCAUGCUCCAUCUGCUGUGGCGGCUGCUCGAGAGGAUCUGGCCGGCGCAGGACAUCGAGCUCGCCCCCGAGUUCCCGAGCGCGCGACAGGCGUCGGGGUUCGAGGCUAACCCCUGGGCCCCGUCAAAGGCGAGGCCUUCUUUAUGUUCUUUUUUUCUCUCAGCUGCUUGA